AUGAAAAAGUCCUUAAUUUCUUCUUUGGGGUUAACAAUACUGAUGGUAAUUACAUCACUCUUUCAACCCCAUCAACAUAACAAACUGGUUGCAGCAUCACAGAACACUACGGAUGAAGGUGCUAAUGGAUGCACUGGAAUUCACUGCCUAAAGAAUUUCGGCGAUGACAGAGCCGAUUUGUUCACAGAUCAACGGGAAAAAUCAAGCAGAAUUGCUGACAUCAUGAAUACUCUGACGGGCAGUAAAAAUACUAAUCCCAACUGUAUGCCAAUUGCUUCAUAUGGUAGCAGUUCAUGCAUUAACAAAGUUAGCCCUCAGUAUAAGAAACUAGUUUCUGGCAAAAAGGUGUAG